AUGUACGAAGGGAUUGACAACUUGAAAUCCCAUUAUGACCGUGCCGGGAAGACUUUCUCCGGCGGUCCUUCUGCGGCACAGGAUGUGCCGCGUCGUACUGCUCAAUUCAACCCAGUACGUCAAUCAUCAGUUGGGAGCGGGGCUCCCAAGUAUCCCUGGACGGGGGAUAGCCGCGCCACCGGACGAGAUAACUCGUCCGACGUCCGUUCACGUCGCGGUGGUUCAACAGCUGCUCAACCAGAUAGCGCUGGCCACCGCGAGAGUCCUCUAAUGGAGGUGGAGGAGGAGGAAAGACGCUCUCCACACGAUCAUGUGGAUCGGUGUGUUCCCGAGAGCUUCUUUGAUCGCAUAACGCAAGGGUUACGCGACGAUCUCGAACAUGAGCGGAAUAGGCGUCUCCAAAUGGCGGACACUGCCUCGAAGAAUCGAGCUGAGUUUGCCUUUGCUCAGCUUGAGAACGAGAGAUCUCUGACAUCUCUUCGUGACGAGCUAAGGACCCUUGUCGAUGGCCACCAUCGGGAGCACAAGGCUCUCUGCGAGAUGCUUGAGCGCAAGGGCGUUAUUCAUCGGAAGAAGCAACGUACUGAUGGUACGGCUUAA